AAAAGAUUUGCCUCACAAAAGAUCUCCCAUUGUUUAUUGCUAGCAUAAUAAAUCUCCCAGUUAUGCCUCAAGAUUUGCCUCAUCUUACUACAUAGACCCACCAAAUUAAAGCCUCACGAUUUGCCCACGGGAUCUUACUACAUAAACCCACCAAAAGCCUCAAGAUUUGCCUCCUCUCCAUUCUCCCCAAACGAGACACCCAAAAUGGCAGCGAGGCUUCUCAUCCCCAUCCUCCUAGUGCUCCUUGUCGUCUCCCAGGUGGCGCUCGCCUCCAUCGUGGAGGAGACGUGCGCGAAGGUGGAAAACAUAUCGCUCCGCAAGGAACUGGAGGCCGUCUGCGUGACCACGCUCCAGGCGGCGCCGGGGAGCGCCACCGCCGACACACACGGGCUGGCCGUGAUCGCCACGAACCUGACGCUGGUCAACUACACGGCGGCGGUGGCCACGAUCAAGGACCUGCAGCGGCACGGCGGCUGGACGGACGGCCAGCAGGCUGCGCUGGCCACGUGCCGUGAGCGGUACACCGAGGCGCUCAACGCGAUGCAUAGCGCCAUCCACGCACUGGCCACGGGGCAGAAGCAGGCAUACGAGGACAACAUGAUCGCAGCCAGGAGGGCCUCCACCGACUGCACAGCCGCGGCCGUGGCCGCGGAUAAGGAGGAGUCGCCUCUGCGCAAGGUGAACGCCGACGCCGAGCACCUCACCGUCGUGGCCAUGGUGAUCUUUUUCUUGUUGUACUUGUAGCAAGCAGGAUACCUGUGGAUCUUGCCGUGUGACCUGUGUUACAUAGAUCGAUAGAUCUUUGAAAAUAAAAACAGUAAUUGAAUGCGUGAUUUGAUUGCU